AUCCAAAAAUCUAUGACUCGUGACUCGUUCCCACUCUCUGCCCCGACCAAAUCCAACUAUCCUCGUAAUAUAAAUCAAAUUCAGCCCAAAAAGAGUUUUCCGACCAAAAAAUAAGAGGAGAGAAUUUAUUUUCUCUCAUCCAAGCUGCUCGGACUUCGUCUUCAGGAAGGCGUAAAGCCGUAAAUGAUGUGAUCUGGGAGAGGUUGGUUUACAAGUGAGAUAUUGAAGAGAAAGAUAUGAGUUGCGGCUGUUUCCGUGGAUCAUUUGUUAACCGGAGACGGAACACUGCUCAGGCCACCGGCGGUAUCGACGAGCAAUUGCUUGGGAGAGUCAACCAUAUCUCCUACAGCCAAUUGAGAUCAGCAACAGAUGAUUUUCAUUCAAGCAAUAAAAUUGGGCGUGGAGGCUUCGGAACUGUUUACAAGGGGGUUCUGAAAAACGGAACUGAAGUUGCUGUGAAGACACUUUCUGCGCAAUCAAAGCAGGGUGUGCGUGAAUUUUUGACAGAGAUCAAUACCAUAUCAAAUGUCAAGCAUCCAAACCUUGUUGAGCUGAUUGGUUGUUGUGUUGAAGGAACAAACCGGAUAUUGGUCUAUGAAUAUGUAGAAAAUAAGAGUCUUGAUAAAAUUUUGUUAGAUCAAAGGAGUACAAAUAUCAAACUGGAGUGGAGCAAAAGAUCUGCUAUUUGCUUGGGUAUUGCUAGGGGUCUUACAUUCCUUCAUGAAGAACUUGUUCCGCACAUAGUUCAUAGAGACAUCAAAUCCAGUAACAUACUUCUUGACAAAGACUUGAACCCAAAGAUUGGAGAUUUCGGGUUGGCUAAGCUUUUUCCGGAUAACAUCACUCACAUUAGCACCAGAAUAGCUGGAACAACUGGUUAUUUGGCCCCAGAAUACGCAUUGGGUGGACAGCUAACCAUGAAGGCAGAUGUUUAUAGUUUUGGUGUCCUUGUACUUGAAAUAAUUAGUGGCAGAAGCAGCUCAAAGGCAAACUGGGGAGGCAUGGAGAAGUUGCUCUUGGAAUGGGCAUGGCAGCUCUACGAAGGAGGGAAACUGGUGGAGCUGGUGGAUCCAGAGCUUGGAGAAUUUCCAGGGGAAGAAGUCCUGAGGUACAUGAAAGUAGCCCUUUUCUGCACCCAAGCAGCAGCCAGCCGAAGGCCUCUGAUGAGCCAGGUUAUUGAAAUGCUUUCAAGAGACAUUCGGAUCAACGAGAAGGCACUUACAGCUCCAGGAUUCUUUCAAGAAGGGGAGGCAUCUUCAAGUACCAAGUCAAUCCAAUCAUCUGCUGAAUCCACCAGCUACCAGAUGAGUUCUGUUCCUGUCACUAUCACUCAGGUUACCCCCAGAUGAAGAUUCAAGGUGUAUUUUUUUGUUCCCUUCUUUUUAGUUCUAGUUGGCGUACGUGUCCCAUUAGUUUUAGACUUUUAGUUACGUAAUUUGCAAUUUUUAGUUUUAUUUAUUGUUUAUGAUUAUUAUUAUUUGAAAUUUCAUACAAAAGAAAGGGAAAGUUUAAAUGAAAGGAGUUUGUAACCGGAUAAGUAUGGUUUGUCUUCUUUAAAUCAAACCAUGGUGAGCACUUGGAUUUUCAAAUUA